UAGGUAUGUUUUUUGUUUUUUAUGUUUAAUAUAUUUGAAUGAAAAUAAUGAUUAGGGUUUAGUUUAGGGCUUAGGGUUUAGCUUAGGGUUUAAUAUAUAUGGUGGUAUGUUAUUGGUAGUUUUACAAAUUGUAGAUAUGUAGUGGUUAGGGUUUAGCUUAGGGCAUAGGGUUUAAUAUAUAUGGUGGUAUGUUAUUGGUAGUUUUACAAAUUGUAGAUAUGUAGUGGUUAGGGUUUAGUUUAGGGCUAAGGUUUUAGCUUAUGGUUUAGUUUAGGACUUAGGGUUUAAUAUAUGGUGGUAGGGUAGUUUUACAAAUUGUAGAUAUGUAGUGGUUAGGGUUUAGUGGUGAGGGUUUAGUUUAAGGCUUAGGGUUAAUAUAUAUGGUGGUAUGUUAUUGGUAGUUUUACAAAUUGUAGAUAUGUAGUGGUUAGGGUUUAGUUUAGGAUUUAGGGUUUAUCUUAGGGUUUAGUUUAGGGCUUAGGGCGUAAGUGUUACGGUUUAGGGUGGCUGGAUUAGGGUUUAUCUGCUAGGGUUGAAGAUUUAGGGUUAUGUAGGUUUAUUGUUAUUUAAAUAGUAAAUAUUGAAUUUGACAAAAAAAAUACAUGUGCGUCAUGAUUUGCAGAUCAUGGUUAGAACCAGAGGUUUAGGUCGUGCCCUAGGUAGGGUUAUAGACAAAGCCCUAGGGAGAGAGGAUCAUCAUGAUUCAGAUGAUGUUCCCCAACGGCAAAGGCUUACAACAUCCGCACGUAGGCAACGGGGAGCUGCCCCUGUUCCUGAGGAUGCUGCUACUAUUAGUGAGGACAUACCUGCACCUGGUGCAGAAGCUGUUGAUGGUGCUGAGGGAUUUGCUGUUGAUGAUGUUGAGGAAUUCCUAGGUGAGCCGUAUGACCCAUCAGUGCUGACUGAGUAUGGUGACCAUGUUGCACUUAGUAUAUGGAAUGGAGAGGAACGCCCUGAAUUGAAGUUAGCCUCCCAUGGAAGGAAAGUUGAGAAAUUUGGGAGGUCUGCACCAGAAAUUGAAGGGCUAGUCGCUGCCACAAGAUUAACUCCUUUGAUCGCAUGUUCAGUAGACACUGGCGAUUAGGGAGUUAUAUCUGCUUUUGUCGAGAGGUGGCACAAGGAAACUAGUAGUUUUCAUCUUCCUGUAGGAGAGUUGACCAUCACGCUGGAUGAUGUGGCGUCACUGCUUCAUCUUUCGAUCAUAGGCACCUUCCAUAGCUUCGAGCCUCUGCAUGUGGACGAAGCGGUGCUGAUGUUGGUGGAGUUGCUAGAAGUCUCGGGUGAGUAAGUUAGAGUUGAGACAACACAAUAUCAUGGGGCAUACGUACGCCUAUCGUGGCUACGGAAUAUUUAUUAGAGGAGAUGUGAGGCCCGACAUUGGACUGUUACAACUCGUGCGUAUCUCCUACACUUGUUAGGUUGCACUCUUUUUGCUAACAAGAGUGCAACACAUGUUCAUGUUGUAUUUUUAGACGCUUUUCGAGACUUCAGUUAGAGUGGAAGCUAUGCAUGGGGAGCUGCCGCCCUGGUGCAUAUGUAUGAUCAUUUGAAUGAUGCUUGUAAGAGCGGCGGUCGACAGCUUGCUGGUUACAUCACUUUAUUACAGUGUUGGAUAUAUGAUCAUUUUCCCAGUGUUCAUGAGAGUGUGACUGAUCCAGAGUAUGAUGAGACGUCACCACGUGCUUACGGUGGCUUACUACGAAGGCUUAUUCGAAGGGAUUCCCAGCAUCAACGUACUGGACACGUAUAGAGGCACUGAUGAUCCCUAAUGUAUGUUGGAUGCCUUAUGCUGAACACUAAGGUGUUAGGGCGUUUGACCUCAUUUCAUGCUUUUAGGGUGAGCUUAGAUGGGGUCCCAUUGUGGUCACACAUCGACCAGAGAGGGUGGUGCGACAAUUUGGAUACGUUCAGACCAUUCCUCCACUACCUACGGGUGCCAGCUUGUCAUUUGAAGAUAUUGACAACAGGUGGAUGCAUUACUCCGACCAUCUAGCAGCAGGGGGACAGAUUUGUCUUGUGCCUGGCCAGUGUGCACCAGAUUACACGAACUGUUUCUUCAGGAUCUCUCAUCCGUUCAUCACACCCACAUAGGCAGCUGAUCCGCCCAGACAUCCACCUGUCCCAUAACAUGACACAUAUGUGGAGCCAGAUAUCCCUGAGGUCCCAAUGGCACUAGAAGCUGGACCUUCAAAUGUGCCUUCUGAUGUGGAGCAGCCUAGACAUGCAGUGAUAAGAUGACUUGCUUUAAUGUUUUAUUAAAUGUUAUUUAUUUCAAUUACUAUAAUUGUGUAUGGGUUUUUUUUUAAAUGUGAUAGGAUGCGUGCCAAGCGAUCGCAGAAAGGUUUUAGCGUCUACUCAACCUAAGGAUAGUCACUGCAGGCACAGAGGUACAUGAGGUCAUGGAAGACUGCAUCAGGAUCGCUAGGGGUGUCAUAGCAGAUGGAAAUGUUUAUGUUAGGGCGCGACAAAGACGGAGCAAGGAUCAGUCAUAAAUGAUGUUUAUAAUUGUCUUGCAUUUGACAACAUUUUUGUUUUGCCUAACAUUUUGUAUUUGUUACAUUAUUUGGUUAUAACUUUUAUUUUGUGUUUAUUCUA